AUGUCUGCCACAGAAGUCAAGCUCUUCGGGAAGUGGACCUACGAAGAUGUCAUGCUGUCCGACCUCAGUUUGGUUGACUACAUCGCAGUGAACAAGGCUGCCCAGUCCUUCCUUCCGCACACGCAGGGGCGGUAUCAGAUGAGGCGAUUCCGCAAGGCCCUGUGCCCCAUUGUGGAGCGCCUUUGCUGCUCAAUCAUGAUGCAUGGAAGGAACAACGGCAAGAAGCUCAUGGCCGUGCGCAUUGUCAAGCAUGCCUUCGAGAUCAUUCACCUCCUCACCGACAAGAACCCCAUCCAGGUCUUCGUGGAUGCCGUCAAGAAUGGCGGUCCUCGUGAGGACUCCACGCGAGUCGGAUCCGCGGGCGUUGUGCGACGACAGGCAGUUGAUGUGUCUCCUCUGCGUCGGGUGAACCAGGCCAUCUACCUUAUCUGCACGGGAGCCCGCAACAGCGCCUUCCGCAAUAUCAAGUCUAUCUCCGAAUGCCUGGCGGAUGAGAUCAUGAACGCCGCCAAAGAGUCGUCCAACAGUGACCUGGCAGCACAACUUGCGGUUUCGGCUGCCACCUUCCAACGCAUGAUUGCCCAGGAUGCGUGGAAGUUUCUAAAGUACAUGUGGGUGAACUCGGUCGCCUCUGACAUUCCACCACUUACCCACCCGUGGGCUUGGGGGCUCCCAGUCACUGCCAGCCUGACCUUUUCGCAAGGCUAUGCCAUCAAGAAGAAGGCCUGUUUUGCUGCAAAAGUUAGCUUUCUGCAUCGCAUUAACGAACACGUGCUGGAAGAAUUUUACAAGGACUAUCGAGUGGAUGAUGCUGCCAUGCACGUGGGCGAAAGCGCGGCAAGGGUGAUUUUACUACAUUGA